CAAAGAGAGAUUGUUUUCCGUGAUCAGCAGCACCAGGAGGCCCUGCAGAUAAUCUCCCGGGGCUAGGCCUGUUGCAAAUUAACCCCACUUUUCACACGUACGUUCAGUCUUUCUUUUUCCUUUCGGUGAUUUUGUAUUCUCUAACAUGUAAGAUUACCCAGUUCAAUCCGCUUUCUUUGACGUUGUAUUUGAAAGCCAUUGUCUUUGUUCUCAUUCGUGGCAAAAUACCACAAAAUCAUUCUGCUUUAUCGUACAAGUACUACACCCUCAACAAGGAUUCGGCAGAGUACUUGAGAGGUGAUUACAAAAAUGGAACAAAACUCGCAGGAGAAGCAAUCGCGUUGUUGUCUAUUAAAUGCAGUCUUUGGGCAACGUAGUUUUUGGCCAAGAAGAGCUACCUCCACCGGUUCGAUUCCAGGCGGAAAUGAUCCCAAGACACCGGGCACUCCAAAUUCAAGGAGGAGACGAGUUGGCUCCGAUGACAGCUCGAUCCUUGGAACCCCAUCUAAGGCAGCAGAAUCGUUACCAAAACCGGUGGCAAGACAUACCCAAGUUCCUCACCAGGCGCCUCCUGUGGAUUACCAAAACCAUGGCAGAAGACCCUUUAAUAGCGAGGCUGCAGGAGUCGUGACCUCAUCAGCCGCAGGCAUAAGAAAGACAACUCCUUGCCAAGGAUAUGUUAACCAAGGCAAAAGGGUGCCAAAGGACGCCAUUGGAAUUUCUGGGGAGCUUGAAAGCAUUAUCGUUGAUCACCAAAAAAAUCAGGGCGGUGGUAAUCUUGUUCGGGCUUCGUCGAGCAAUGUCAUGAUUUUUGGCAAUCUAGGUAAUUUGAGGAGACCAGGAGGAGGAAACGUGAAUUCGUAUAAUGUUGUUGAUUAUAUUCCCAAGACAGCAAGAGAAGAAAGCCCAGUGCCCAAAGGAAAUUACGCAAAUAGUGUAAUGGGAAAUGUGGUUAGAGGUGCUAAUAGAGAGCAACCAGAUCCCUUGUGCCGGGCUAUCUCGACUAGAAUGGAUCCAGAGACAUUGAAGAUUAUGGGCAAUGAGGAUUACAAGAGUGGAAGAUUUGCAGAAGCCCUGGCUUUGUAUGAUGCUGCCAUUGCUAUUGACCCCAAUAAGCCUUCAUACAGAAGCAACAAAAGUGCGGCAUUAGCCGCUCUUGGUAGGCUUUUUGAGGCAGUUUUUGAGUGCAGAGAAGCUAUCCGCAUCGAACCUCAAUAUCAUAGAGCUCAUCAUCGUUUGGCAACAUUAUAUUUUAGAUUAGGGGAGGCAGAAAAGGCUUUGUAUCACUUCAAACAUGCAGGACCAGAGGCCGACCAAGUUGACAUUGCUAAAGUGAAAACGCUUCAGGCACAUCUCAACAAGUGUACCGAAGCUCGCAAAUUACGAGAUUGGAACACCCUGAUAAAAGAAACAGGAAGUGCUAUAUCUGCAGGUGCAGAUUCAGCACCACAGAUAUUUGCAUUCCAAGCCGAGGGCUUGUUGAAGCUUCAUAGGCACCAAGAUGCGGACGAUACAUUGUUGAAGGGUCCUAAUUUUGAGGCUGACGCUUGUACUAGAUUUCUCGGGCCGAUUGGCAGCUCAUAUUUGUUAGUCAUACGGGCUCAGGUCGACAUGGCUGCCGGCAGACUGGACGAUGCAAUGGAGACAAUUCAAAGAGCAGCUCGCCUUGACUCAAACAACAGGGAAGCGAACGUUGUGAUGAAGAAGGCUAAGGCUGUUGCAGCGGCUCGAGCAAAAGGGAACGAGCUUUUCAAGGCAUCAAGGUUCCCCGAGGCAAGUGCUGCAUACGAAGAGGGACUCGAGCAUGACCCAUACAAUUCAGUGUUGCUGUGCAACCGAGCUGCUUGCCUGUCCAAACUUGGCCAAUUUGAGAGAGCUUUGGAGGAUUGCACUGCUGCGCUUAUCGUACGCCCCUCUUACAGCAAGGCUAGACUAAGAAGAGCCGAUUGCAAUGCCAAGUUGGAAAAAUGGGAAGCUUCGAUUCAAGACUACGAGGUCUUGUUGAAGGAAACACCGGGAGACGAGGAGGCGAGGCAAGGUUUGUUAGAGGCCCGGGAACAGCUCAAGAAACAACGUGGUGGUCAUUGAUUAUUAAAAGACGUGAAAGACAUCAAGUUUAAUGGAGCUGACUCGAUCGGUUGUCACCUUCCUUCUCCUAUACAGAGGAUCAGAAAUUGAGAAGAGAAAGCUGAACCAAUUAAUGGAACAUGAAUAAAGAGGCCCAGAAUAUCAAAAUGAGAGGGUAUAUAUAUAUAUAUAUAUAUAUAUAUAUAUGUAUGGUCUUGGGCGGGGGUGUGUAACAAUGACACAAAUACGUGCCGAAUCAAUGGGAAAGGGAAAGUAAACAAUGCGGCCUUGAUUUUGAGAGGAACUGAGAAAAGCUGGAAGCUUUUGGUGAAAUAUCUUUUUCAA